AUGGCCAGUCUGCGAUGGCGAUAUGAAGCCACUUUUACUGGCGAGUGGAAAGAGGUUUUGCAGCUUCUGAAAUCCUCCGAGCGCGAUUGGGAUGGAAGUGAUACUCUGAAAGAAGAAGCCAUGUUCCAACAAAUGAUCUUUCCGGGCGUGUACAGCCAAGAAUAUGACGAGGCAGAUAAAAUUUUGCGAGAUUUUGUGUACGAAGAUAUAAAGAGGCAGAGCUCUGUCAUGAAAGAACUAAGCUCAACCAAGACAUAUUUGCGAGAUACACGCCAGGACAAAGAUGAAAACGCGAUGCAUGCAACUUUAGCUAUUAUCGAUGCCAUUAAUAAAAAUCUUUCUGAUCGCGGUGAGCUGGAAAGAGAUGGGAUCCGUUCUGCAAGAUUUCUCAUACGCUUGUCAAAUUGUGAUGAACCAAUAUAUGGGCAUCUUGCAAUGAUGGGGACAAGUCUUGCUGGAGGCGCUGAAUGA